AUGGCACGACCAAGAGCUACAAGUCUUCGAAAUACAAGCCUCGUUCCUCCACUUCCGGAGCCUUCAACGACUGCUACUGAUUCAUCUCUUCCGAAUCCUGAUGCUCCUCCUCAAGAACCCCCAAUUUCCAGGGUUUCGAGUUCUCCCAUCCAUGUCUCCAAUCGUUUCUCUUCUUCUUCUGUUCUUGAUCGACCUGCCCAUGAAGAUGGUAGUAGUCCCUACUUCUUGAGCACAAGAGAUCACCCAACACUUGUUCUUGCAUCUCCUCCCCUCACAGACAAGAAUUUUCAACAACGGAGAAGGGAUUUCAAGAUCUCCAUUCGGGCAAAGAAAAGGCUCCCCUUCCUCAAUGGAUCUCUCUCUCAACCAGCUGAAGAUGAUCCUCUUCUCAAUCAAUGGCUUCGCUGCAAUCACAUGGUAAUGUCUUGGAUCCUUCACUCUGUUUCCCCUGACAUCAAAAUUAGUAUUCUGUUCUUGGAGACUGCUGCUGCUACGUGGAAUGAACUAAACAAUAGGUUUGAUCAAGGCAACAGACCUAAGAUCAUUGAACUUCGAACAACUCUCAUCAACCUUCAUCAAGGUGAUGACUCUAUAAGUUCCUACUUCACUAAACUCAAAGCUAUAUGGGAUGAGAUUACUGAUUUACGCCCUAGACCUCCUUGUACUUGUGUUGCUUCUGCUGACUCUCUUGAUUUUCUUAACCAAGAACAUGUUCUUCAAUUCCUCACGAGUUUAAAUGAGUCUUUUCAUGCUCUAAGAGCUCAAAUAUUGUUGAUAGAUCCAUUCCCCUCUCUUUCAAAAGUUUUUUCCAUGAUUAUUCAAGAAGAGAAUCAAAGGAGACUUCAUCCAUCUCACAACGCAACCUUCAUUGUUGCUGUCUCUCCAUCCAUUCCAUCUUCUACAUCUCGCACCAAGAAAAUGCACCCCACUUGUACCCAUUGUCUCAAACCAGGGCCCCUCAAGGAGAAAUGCUUUUUCCUUCAUGGAUUUCCCCCGGGUUAUGGUGAUAGACGCAAAUCUGAUUCUGUCAAGACUAAUCAAGUUUUUGUCUCUACUUCUUCACCAAGUGGACCGAUCCUUCAACCAUCCCAAUUGGAACUCAGCCAACAACUUAUUGCUCUGUUAAGUCAACAGCUGCAUCAUAUGUAA